AUGCUGGCUCGUCGCGGUCUGCGAGCUCGAAGACCCGCGCAGAGCGUCGCCGAGCCUGGCGUGCCCGCCCGCAACCUAGUACCUAAGGCGACUCCGGUGGCGGCCGUCGCGGCCCAGCUCGAAAAGUUCAAGGCCGCGUUUGCGCGCGAGGACCUCGAGGCGUGCGUCAAGCUUCUCGCGGAGCUGAAGAUGGGCAUGCUCUCCUUCGGCUCGCUGCCGCCCGCGGCGCCGUCGGCGCCGUCCUCCUCGCAGCAGCAGGAGCUCCUCCUCGCCCGCGAGAUCCUCGAGUACGGCACGCUCGUCUCCAUCAAGACGGUCGACAUCCCCGCCUUUGAGAGGCACAUCGCGCAGCUCAAGGUGUACUAUGCGGACUGCGGCUCGCUGCCGGCGUCAGAGCGGCAGUACCCGAUCCUCGGGCUGAACCUGCUGCGGCUGCUCGCGCAGAACCGAAUCGCGGAGUUCCACACCGAGCUCGAGCUCCUGCCGGUCGAGCUGCAGCUGAGCAACGAGUUCAUCAAGUUUCCGGCGCAGCUCGAGCAGCACAUCAUGGAGGGGUCGUACAACCGCGUGCUCUCGGCGAAGCAGUCGGGCGCGUACGCCAAGGAGGGGCUCUACUUCAUGGACCUGCUCGUCGACACCGUCCGCGACGAGAUCGCCGAGUGCUCCGAGAAGGCGUACCACUCCGUCUCUGCGGCCGAGCUGCAGACGAUGCUCAUGAUCAGCUCCGAGCAGGAGCUGCGCGAGUUUGCCGACCAGCGCGACUGGCGCGUCGCCAACGGCCUCGUCACGUUCGGCGGCCAGGACGACAAGCCGCUCGCGCUUCCCGCCUCGCAGCUCAUCCACGAGUCGCUCGCCUACGCAAAGGAGCUCGAGCGCAUCGUCUGAGCGCGCGGGGAGGCCGCGCGGGGCGCUCGAGGCCGCCGCGACCGGGAAGGUUGAGUUGGGAGGCUGGCUUGCGCCAGAGGCAGAGCAGGGAACGACCCCGCGACCCCGCGCAGCACGCGGCUACGCUGUGGUGUCCCUCGCACAGACCCCUGAGGGGUUCGGCCCACGCCACCUCGCUGGGGACGUCAGCCCCACAGCACCUCAGCAGUCAGCACAGCGCGACCGCGAGCCCUGGUCCCAAUGCGCUGGCACGGCGGCAGGCUUUUGAGUGUAUGCACAGGGCUCACAGGGGCUGAGCCGUGUGAAGGGUGGAGGCAAGCUGCCUCGGUCGAACUCCUAGCCGGAUAAGGCGUCUGUACCUACUGAUUGAUUGAUGGGAAGGCGAAACCUACUA